CGUUGCGAAAUUUCCACGCUUAUUUCAUCAGUCAGACACGAAGCUCGUUCAUUCCCGCAGUCGUACAUUGUUUUUAAUCUACUUGAUUCGGAUACUGGAGUCGCGAUGAAGUUGUCAUUCAUUGCUUUUCUUGGUUCCAUUCUGAUAUGUGGCCUCGCCAGUGUCUCUGGCUGGGCGGGGUUUAAAAACCUCCCACCGGAGAAAAGGGAACAGUUGAAAAGGAUCGCGAUCGCUCAAGGACUUCACGUUGACAAACAUGUCCAGGAGAUGCAAGCUGCUCCAGUGCGGGUCAGGCGCUCCGCUUGCGGUGGAGGCUCAUACGGCGGGGGCGGCACUGGCCGCGGCGGCAGCAGCGUCGGUAGGGGUGUCGGAGGAGGCAUUGGCAGUCGCGGCGGAGGUGGCGGGGGAGUAUCUGUUAUGGAAACAAUAGUUGUGACAGGACGACGUCUUCCGCCUGUUUCCUCCUCCGUUGAUUUUAGCCUGAGGGGGUUCCAGCCACCUAGGCGGUUUGGCGGAGGUGGUGGUUCAUCGGCAGCUAACCCACCAAAGCCCAAGGAGCCCCAGGAACCGCCCGAGGAUCCAGAAGCAAAGAAAAUGACGCUCCAGCAGUUCGUUUUCGCCUUGGAGCAACUGGAGAAGGCGUUCCCAAAUCUACCAGCGGACCAGAUGGCGAAUAAACUGCGGAUGUUGGUGGGACGGUACGACAGCCCACUCUGGAAGGUUAUGUUGAAUGUAAAUGUCCCCGUAGUAGGAAAGGAUGUCAGCCCAUUUGACAAGAACACCAACCCACAGUCAUUCCAGACACUCACUCAGAUGUUAGACCACAGGAUCCAAAAUGGCGCCGAAUUGGGCGUGGUGAAGAUAAAUGGAGACACAGUCGCCUUUGGUCAUGUGAUCACAGGGGCUACGGCUGGAUAUGAUCAACAAACCGUCUUCGGAAUGAACAAUCUCUUCUCUACUACCAUUUCGGGAGAUCUGGGACAGUCUGCCCUCGCCAAUUCGAAAAAUCCAGCAUCACCCAUCAUAGGCCCAGCAGGCCAAUGGCAAAACGGCAAAUACAUGUUGCCAAGUGACGGUGGGUUCGCCACACACGCAGAAGUCUUAGGCGACAUUGACGGCUUCAACAUGGGCAAGCGUAUCCAAGCAAAUCCUGCGAAACCGCUGAGUCAGCAUAUGAAAGAAUACUACGGCGGUGAAAGUUCACAACGAUUCGACAUCUUCAAGCAGCACACAACGAAAGCUGAACUGACGCAAGAAGUUUAUCGUUUUGCAAAUUUGUAUGAAUACAAGAAUGACGGAUUAUUAUCAAGUGUUUUACAGAAUGCCAGUCCUGAUUUGGCUGUGCGACGCGCCAGUGAGAUAAAUGGUAUUGCAAAUACGGCCGUCGGGGCGUUCUGUAGCAGGUAUUCUGCGCAGUUGGGCUCAUGGUGCUAGACAAUUAAGCUAAUCUGUCAUGUUUAAGGGUCGACCAUGACCACCACCAUUUUGGCUAGAACUUGAAAUCCUAAAGCCAUUAGAACUCCUUCAAAACGAAUUGGAUGUCAAUUUCAAGGGUUGGAGUCAGUUAUUUGUUUUCCUGAGAACUGACUGCAACCCUUGAAAUUAGCAUUCUCUUGGAUUUCAAGUUCUGACCACAUUCCCAAGCUUCUCUUUGUUAAUCAGCAAAUGAACCUUAGUAUCAAUGCUGCCUUUAAAAUAGCGUCAUUCAUUCUGAAAAUAACUUUCUAGUCUUUCAUUUUGUCUCCUAGAGACUGUCAGGGACACUGCCAACAUAAUUUGUGAAUCUGUGUCAGUUGUGUAAAUAAAUAUCCAUUGUUUUUAA